AUGAGUCUCCAAAUGUCCUUAGUUUUCGGCCUUCUCAUCUUUGAGAUGGGCUACCUUUUGCUCUUGAUGGUUCCAUUGCCAUUCCCUGUCAGACAGAAGCUUGUGAAUGGAUCAGUCAAGUUGAACCAGAGCAGAAACUUCAAGAGUGGCUGGGCGUUUACUACAGUCAUGCUAGGACUCCAGUUUAUUGAUUGUGUCCAGAAGCUCCAAAAAUACCACUAUGCUGAGGGGUCCUUGCAAUCCAGAGACCUUGGUCCAGCAAGGUACGACCAAUUGGCAUCCAAAUUCUACAGCCAGCGCAAUUUAUACAUCACCGGAGCUGUGUUGUACUUGGAGAUUUCUAUCGUUACCGUUGUGACGAUUUUGAAGAAGUUGGUCAAGAAGGAGGAGCUGUAUAGAGCCGCCACAAGUGCUGAGACUGGUGUUGACGCCAAGAACACCAGCGAUGACAAGGAAGAUGCUGCUGAGCUCCGCAAAUUAAUUAAGCAGAAGGAAGAUGACAUAGCCGUCUUCAGAAAGCAAUUGGAGGGUGUGCAGAAGCAGUACGAUAGCCUCAACGAGGAUGAGCUCAGAACCAAGUCCGACUAA